AUGACAAUGGAUUACCUGCUGUGGGUGUGCAGCCUCGUUGUCCCCGUGGUGCUGGCUGUAGAAGAAACCCUUAUGGACAGCCGGUGGGCAACCACAGAGCUGGCUUGGACCACAUUCCCAGAAAGUGGGUGGGAGGAGGUCAGCGGCUACGAUGACUCCAUGAGCCCGAUCAGAACCUAUCAGGUGUGUAAUGUCCGACAACCCAACCAGAACAACUGGCUGAGGACGGACUUCAUCCCCCGGCGAGGCGUGCUGCGCGUCUACGUGGAGCUCAAGUUCUCUGUCCGUGACUGUGCCAGCAUUCCCAACAUCCCUGGCUCCUGCAAAGAGACCUUUAAUCUGUUCUACUACGAAUCGGAGGGGGACACGGCUACAGACACCAGCCCUCUGUGGAGGGAGAACCCCUACGUGAAGGUGGACACUAUAGCCCCGGACGAGAGCUUCUCUCUGCUGGAGGCGGGACGGAUCAACACCAAAGUGCGCAGCUUUGGCCCCCUCUCCAAGGGAGGCUUCUACCUGGCGUUCCAGGACCUGGGCGCCUGCAUGUCGCUCAUCUCCGUUAGGGUUUUCUUCAAGAAGUGCUCUACCACCAUCGCCAAUUUUGCCGUCUUCCCAGAGACCGCCACAGGGGCAGAAGCCACCUCCCUGGUGAUUGCUCCGGGGGCCUGCGUGACCAACGCCAUGGAGGUGUCCGUCCCUCUGAAGCUGUACUGCAACGGGGACGGCGAGUGGAUGGUUCCCGUGGGCUCCUGCACCUGCGUGGCUGGUUUUGAACCCUCUGCAGACGGCACUCAGUGCCAGGCCUGCAUCCCUGGGACCUUCAAAUCUAAAUUCGGUGAAGGAUCCUGUGCUCCCUGCCCGUCCAACAGUCGCACCAGUGCACGAGGAGCCAAUAUUUGUCCCUGCCAGAGUGGUUUCUACCGCGCUGACAGCGAUCCUCCUGACUCUUCCUGCACCACUAUCCCCUCAGCGCCUCGCAACGUUAUAUCCAGUGUGAACGAGACCUCGCUCUCCUUGGAGUGGGAGGAGCCCGAGGACACAGGCGGGAGGAGCGACCUGGUCUACAACGUGGUGUGCAAGAAAUGCCUGAGGGACCGGACCCCCUGCACGCGCUGCGACGACAACGUGGACAUCGCCCCCCGCAGGCUGGGGCUGAGGCAGAGGAAAGUGGUGGUGAGGAACCUGCAGGCUCACACCCGCUACAGCUUCGAGGUGCAGGCUGUCAACGGGGUCUCCGGGAAGAACCCCAUCUCGCCCAGCUACUCCACGGUCAACAUCACCACCAACCAAGCCGCGCCUUCAGCAGUGCCCACCGUUCAUCUGAUGCGCUCCACAUCCGACACUCUCAGCUUGUCGUGGCUGCCCCCCGAGAAACCCAACGGGGUCAUCCUCGACUACGAGAUCAAAUACCACGAGAGGGGCCAAGCGAUGUCACACACAGUCACUGCCCAGCACAGCUCAUCCAAGGUGGAGGGGCUGAGGGCCGCUUCGCCUUAUGUGGUGCAGGUCAGAGCUCGCACUGUAGCUGGAUACGGUCGCUACAGCAACCCCAUGGACUUCAGCACCAGCCUACACAGUGACCCUCAGAAGUCGGUGCAGGACCAGCUUCCUCUCAUCGUCGGCUCGGCCUCUGCAGGGCUGGUGGUCAUCGUUGCCUUGGUGGUUAUCGCUGUUGUCUGCCUUAAGAAGCAGCGCAGCGGCUCCGAGCUGGAGUACACGGAGAAACUGCAGCAAUACAUUUCACCAGGGGUGAAAGUCUACAUCGACCCUUUCACCUACGAGGACCCCAACGAUGCCGUCCAUGAGUUCGCCAAAGAGAUCGACAUCUCCUGCGUGAAAAUAGAAGAAGUCAUCGGUGCAGGUGAAUUCGGCGAGGUGUGUCGCGGGCGUCUCAAGCAGCCCAGUCGCAGGGAGAUGGUGGUGGCGAUUAAGACGCUGAAGGCCGGGUACACCGAGCGCCAGCGGCGGGACUUCCUGGGCGAGGCCUCCAUCAUGGGCCAGUUCGACCACCCCAACGUGAUACGGCUGGAAGGCGUCCUGACACGAAUCUGCCCAGUCCUCAUCAUCACCGAAUUCAUGGAGAACGGAGCGCUCGAUUCCUUCCUCAGGCUAAACGAUGGACGCUUCACGAUGACACAGCUGGUCGGGAUGCUGCGUGGCAUCGCCGCGGGGAUGAAGUACCUGUCAGACAUGAACUAUGUUCACCGAGACCUCGCCGCGCGGAAUAUCCUGGUCAACAGCAACUUGGUCUGCAAGGUCUCUGACUUUGGCCUGUCACGAUUUCUGGACGACACCUCUGCUGACCCCACGUACACAAGCUCCCUGGGAGGGAAGAUUCCCAUCCGGUGGACGGCGCCGGAGGCCAUCGCCUUCAGGAAGUUCACCUCUGCCAGUGACGUGUGGAGUUACGGCAUCGUCAUGUGGGAGGUGGUGUCCUAUGGAGAGAGACCAUACUGGGACAUGAGCAACCAGGAUGUGAUGACGGCAGUGGAGCAGGACUACCGUUUGCCGCCGCCCAUGGACUGUCCUAUGGUGCUGCAUCAGCUGAUGCUGGAGUGCUGGAUGAAGGAGAGGAACCUGAGGCCUAAGUUCUCGCGCAUUGUUAGCACCCUGGAUAAGCUGCUCCGCAAUGCCGCCAGCCUCAAGGUGGUGACCAGCGCCAACUCAGGGGACCUGCUGCGGCUCGGAGGAACGCUGCCAGGACACAACAGGAAGAGUCCGGACACCAGUCAGGAAAUCGUACGGCAACAGAUGAGCCAAACUCUCCCCAUCAGAGUGUGA